AUGGCAGAAGAUAAAACAGAUUUUGAAGUCGAUCAUAAGGAAGAUAGAAAUGAAGGUCAACAACUUUCAAGUGGUCAACAACUACCAAUUGAAAGUUGGCCUAGUGAGUCAACUACUGAUACAGCGGUAGAUGUGACUACAAGACAAGGUACAUCACCAUUAUCAUCAAAGGAAGUAUCCCAAUUAGAACGAUUGGGCGAAGUAUUAUCACAACAUACAACUAGAGAUAGUUAUGAAGAUGAAGAUAUAGAUUUGCAAUCAUCGAUUGUAACAGAAGCAUUUGAUAUAAAGAAAGAAUUUGAAACAUAUGCAGAUAAUGCAGAUAGACAAGGUAUACAUUUAAGGAAAUCGGGCGUAACUUUUGAAAAUGUUGGUUGUAAAGGUCAUGAUAGUACAAGUUUGGAAGGAUCUACUGUAGCAGAUAUUUUUUUAUUACCUUAUACUAUAUAUAAAAAAAUUAAAACCAUAAGGAGACAUAAGAUGAGAACUAUUUUAGAAAAUAUUAAUGGAUUAGCAAGACCUGGUGAAAUGAUUCUUGUAUUAGGAAGACCAGGCGCAGGUUGUUCUUCUCUUCUGAAAUUAAUAGCAGGUAUUAAAGAUCAAUUUGCAGGUGGAUGUUCAGGAGAUGUAACUUAUGAUGGUAUAUUACAAGAAGAAAUGAUGGAACAUUUUAAAUCAGAUAUUAUAUAUAACGGUGAAGAAGAUGUUCAUUUCCCAUAUUUAACAGUACAACAGACAAUAGAUUUUGCCAUUGCUUGUAAGACUCCAGCAAAAAGGGUAGACGGUUUAACUAAAUCUCAAUAUGUAACAAGAUUAAGAGAUCUUUAUGCUACAAUAUUUGGAUUAACUCAUACUUAUCAUACAAAAGUUGGUAAUGAUUUUGUUAGAGGUGUAUCAGGUGGUGAAAGGAAAAGAGUCUCUAUUAUUGAGGCUCUUGCUACAAAUGGUUCUAUUUUCUGUUGGGAUAAUGCAACCAGAGGUUUGGAUGCAUCUACUGCAUUAGAAUAUGCUAAAGCGAUUAGAAUAAUGACUAAUAUGUUAGGUUCCACUGCUUUUGUUACAAUUUAUCAGGCGUCAGAAAAUAUAUAUGAUAGGUUUGAUAAAGUUACUAUCUUACAUUCAGGAAGACAAAUAUAUUUUGGUAGUACUAUUGCUGCAAAAAAAUAUUUCGAAGAAAUGGGAUUUUUAUGUCCAUCAAGACAAUCCACUGCUGAGUAUUUGACAGGUAUCACCGAUCCAAAUGGUUAUCAUAUAAUAAAGAAAGGUUUUGAACAUCUUGUACCUCGCACAGCUGAAGAGUUUGAACAACGUUGGAUCGAGUCACAGACAUAUCAAGAAUUAAGAAAAGAAAUAGAAGAUUAUAAAAAAACAGUUAAUACAGAAGAAACAAGAGAAUUAUAUCGUCAAUCAAUGGAGCAAGAUAAAUCGAAAUAUUCAAGAAACAAAUCCACAUAUAUCAUUUCCUUCCCUGAACAGGUCAGAUUGUGUACAAGGCGUGCAUUCCAAAGAAUAUAUGGUAACAAAACGGCAACCAUUAUUAAUAUUAUCGCAGCAGUUGUUCAAUCGUUUGUAUCCGGUUCAUUGUUUUAUAAAUCCUCUCCUUCGACUUCUGGUGCGUUCUCAAGAGGUGGUGUAUUGUAUUUUUGUUUGUUGUAUUAUUCUUUAAUGAGUUUAGCAAAUAUGGAUCUUUCCCAUAGACCAAUAAUGAUGAAGCACAAAUACUAUACAUUAUAUCAUCCAGCUGCAGAAGCACUAGCAGAUGCUAUUUCUGGUUUCCCAUUUAGAAUGAUAGGUAUGACUCUAUUUUUAAUUAUCAUCUACUUCUUAUCAGGUUUAAAUCCUACAGCUAGUUCAUUUUUCAUUGUUUACUUGUUUUUGACAAUGUGUUCCGAAAGUAUUAAUGGGAUGUUUCAGAUGGUAGCCGCAGGUUGUGAUACUUUGGCUCAAGCACAUUCAAUUGCAGGUAUAUUGAUGAUGUCUAUUUCAAUGUAUUCCACCUAUAUGAUUCAAUUACCAUCAAUGCAUCCAUGGUUCAAAUGGAUAUCUUAUAUUAUACCAAUUAGGUACGCUUUUGAGUCCAUGUUAAACGCAGAAUUUCAUGGUAGACAUAUGGACUGUAGUGGAACCUUAAUUCCAAUGGGGCCAGCAUAUCAGAAUGUUAGUGACGCUAAUCGAGCAUGUGCAUUUGUUGGUGCUCAGCCAGGUCAAUCGUGGGUCCUUGGAGAUGAUUAUUUAAAAGAUCAAUUUCAAUAUGAGUACAAGGACACUUGGAGAAAUUUCGGUAUAAUGUGGUGUUUCCUUAUUGGUUAUAAUAUCUUGAGGGCUAUUGUGACUGAAUUUAAGACACCAGUAAAGGGGACAGGGGAUGCUCUAAUUUUUAAAAAAGGUGCAAAGCAUCUUAAGCAACGUAGGGAUGAGGAAGCACUGGAUGGAACAAUAGACGCUAAAGAAGCAUAUAUUGAUGAGUCAAACUCAGAUGACUCUAUUAAUAACUUCGAACAUUUUGACUCGGAAGGUACAUUUAUCUGGAAAAAUAUGUGUUACACAGUACCCUAUGAUGGUAAGAAACGUCUACUGUUAGACAAUGUAUCAGGUUUCUGUGUACCAGGUACAUUAACUGCAUUGGUUGGUGAAUCUGGUGCCGGUAAAACGACACUAUUGAAUACCCUUGCACAAAGAAACGUUGGGGAAAUUACCGGUGAUAUGCUAUUGAAUGGUCUAUCGAUUGAUGCCAGUUUUGAAAGACGUACCGGUUAUGUUCAACAACAAGAUGUGCAUAUUGCAGAGUUGACAGUAAGAGAAUCGUUGAUCUUUUCAGCUCGUAUGCGUCGUCCGGAGACCGUCUCUGAUGAAGAAAAGUGCGCAUAUGUGGAGAAGAUCAUUAAUAUUCUAGAUAUGAAAGAUUAUGCAGAUGUCUUAGUAGGAACAGUAGGUAGUGGGUUAAAUGUUGAACAAAGAAAGAAACUAUCCAUAGGUGUUGAACUAGUUGCAAAGCCAGAUGUACUGUUAUUUUUAGAUGAGCCAACUUCUGGAUUAGAUUCCCAAUCCGCUUGGAGUAUCAUCCAACUAUUAAAGAAAUUAGAACACGCAGGUCAAACUAUUUUAUGUACUAUCCAUCAACCGUCGGCAACCUUAUUCGAACAAUUCGAUAGAUUGCUUUUGCUACAGAGAGGUGGUCAAACAGUUUAUUUUGGCGAUAUUGGUAAAAAUUCAGAAGUCUUACUGGACUAUUUUGAGAAAAAUGGGGCAAGAACAUGCUCGUCCAAAGAGAAUCCGGCUGAAUACAUUUUAGAGGUAGUUGGUGCUGGUGCUACAGAAGUUGCUGAACAAGAUUGGCACCAGAUAUGGUUAAAUUCUCCUGAACAUGAAGAAGCCGAGAGUUUAAUUGAUAAAAUGAUAACAGACACAACUGCACAACGCACUCGUUCAGAAAAGGAUAUAAAACCUACGAAGUAUGCAACAUCUUACUUGUAUCAAUUCAAGUAUGUUUAUUUAAGGACAGCUCUUACCUUCUGGAGAAGUACAAGUUACAUCAUAUCUAAACUGAUGUUGAUGACGGUUGCAGGUUUGUACAUCGGUUUUACCUUUUUCGAUCCAGGAAAUUCACGUAUCGGUAUGCAGAAUACUAUGUUCGCAGUAUUGAUGUCAAUUAUUUUAUCUGCUCCUCUGAUGAAUCAAAUGCAAGUCAGAGCAAUCGCUUCAAGAGACUUAUUUGAAGUUAGAGAAUCAAAAUCUAAUAUGUUCCACUGGUCGUUGAUUAUGGCCACCGAAUAUCUUAGUGAAAUACCAUACCAAUUUUUGUUUUCAGCCAUUUUCUUUGUCUCAUCCUAUUUCCCGUUGAGGAACAACUUUGAGGCUUCCAGAUCUGCUGUGUAUUACUUACACUAUUCAGUAAUGUUCCAACUUUACUUUACAAGCUUGGGUUUGAUGAUAUUGUAUAUGUCACCUAAUUUACCAUCUGCAAAUAUUAUCAUGGGUUUGUGUCUGGCAUUUUUAAUAGCAUUUUCAGGUGUCGUUCAACCAAUGCGUUUAAUGCCUGGAUUUUGGACCUUUAUGUGGAAGGCCUCACCAUACACAUAUUAUAUCCAAAGUUUGGUAGGAAUUAUGUUGCAUGAUAAACCAGUUAUCUGUUCGAAGAAAGAGCUUACUUAUUUUGAUCCACCAGAAGGACAAACAUGUGGGGAGUACAUGAAGAUCUUUUUUGAAACUGGCACUGGAUAUCUUACUGACCCAAGUGCAACAUCAAAUUGUGCAUAUUGUCAGUACUCAGUUGGUGAUGAAUACCUUGCGUAUAUUAGUUCUCCAUAUUCAAACCUGUGGAGGAAUUUUGGAUUAUACUUUGUGUAUAUUAUCUUUAACUUGUUCGCUAUGGUGGGUGUAUAUUACGCAUUCCAUGUCAAGAAGCUUGUUAUGUUUAACCCUGAGAGUAUCAAAAAGUUACGUCGUAAAUUUCACAUUAAACGUUAA